CCCAUGUGGCUUUGUUGUUCAGCACGAGCGGUGUAAAAUAGCGCCGCUGGAACAUUUAGUACUCACGGUGGAAGAAGGCGGGUCGGGCUUCCUCCCCGGCAGCAGCAGCGGCAGCAGCAGCAGCAGCGCGGCGCCCUUAAAGCGCCACGGAAACAUGUUGCACUUGUCCACAUUUGUGUAAAGUUCCUUGCGGAUUAUACAGUCAAGCGCAUGAGACAGACCGGAAACAAAAGCGAAAUAUUGGGAACAAGGGCCUGUCUUGAGGAGAUGGCCAAAUCUCAGGAUGUGUGUCCAACUGCCCAGUCUCUUAUUGCCCUAUUCGCCUCACAGGGUUUAGACAUCACUCCAAACAAAGACCGGGGAGUGUGCAAGAUUGUGAAGCGGCAUGGUACAGAGGGAGAGAAGCCUAUGAUUGGGGACAAGGUGCAUGUCCACUACACUGGAAAAUUGCUUAAUGGGAAGAAGUUUGACUCCAGUUUUGACCAUAAGGAGCCUUUUGUCUUCAACGUAGGCAAAGGUCAGGUGAUCAAAGCAUGGGAUAUUGGUGUGUGCUCCAUGCAGAAAGGAGAGGUGUGUCUGCUGAUGUGUAAGCCAGAAUAUGCCUAUGGCUCUGUUGGCAGCCCCCCAAAGAUCCCUCCAAACUCUACACUAUUGUUUGAGGUAGAGCUGUUGAGCUUUAGAGGGGAGGAGCUUACAGAGGAUGGUGGAAUCUUAAGGAGAAUAAAGGUCAAAGGGGAAGGCUACAGUAAUCCUAAUGAAGGAGCCACAGUUCAUGUGCACUUGGAGGGAAGGUGUUGUGGCCGUUUAUUUGAUUCACGGGACGUCACAUUUGUGGUGGGAGAAUCUGAGGACAUGGGUGUUCCUCUGGGAGUGGAUCGGGCCAUGGAGAAGAUGCAGAAAGGGGAAUGUUGUCUACUAUACUUAAAACCCAAAUAUGGCUAUGGUAAAGAAGGAAAACCAGAAUUGGACAUUGGACCAAAUGCAGAACUUUUGUAUGAAGUGACACUCAAAGAUUUUCAAAAGGCCAAAGAAUCCUGGGAAAUGGACUUGAGCGAGAAACUAGAGCAAGCAGUUUUGGUCAAACAGAAGGGAACACAGUACUUCAAGGCUGGGCGAUACUACCAGGCUGUCAUUCAGUAUCAGCGUAUUGUAACAUGGCUGGAGAUGGAGUGUGGGGUUGGAAAGGAGCAACAGCAGGCCAUUCAGGCCCUCCUGCUUGUUGCCCAUUUAAACCUGGCUCUGUGUUACUUACGCCUCCGGGAGUACUCUCAAACUGUGGAAAGCUGCAACAAGGUGAUGGAGCUGGACUCUGCGAAUGAGAAGGCGCUGUAUCGGCGCGGAGAGGCUCAUCUGUUGAGGAAUGAAUUCAGUCUGGCCCUAGUGGACUUCCGGCAAGUUCUUCAGGUCAAUCCCACCAACCGUGCAGCCCAUUGCCAGAUCGCUGUCUGCCAACGCAAGAUACGUGAACACCAUGAGCGUGAUAAAAAGAUCUAUGCCAACAUGUUCCAGAGGUUUGCUGAACAUGAUGCCAAGGUGAGCCGAUUAAAAAGGAGUAAAGAAGAUUGUGGAGUGCUAGAUCAAAACUGCAAGGCUAUGAAGAGGCCACGGAGGAGUCAGGACUGCCCCUAAUGGUCCACAGUCCUCCCCACAAUGCCUGUAAAGCUGUGCAGAUGCAGGCUGGUUCUGACUUUAUGUACUUUGUGCUGAGUGCAGUACCGAUACGCAUGGACAGCCCCUUUUCACACACCGUGACAUGACUGCUAUCUCUCAGAACCCAAAAGACGAAGGCUCGGAAAAGACUAAGUAUAAGAGCAAGGGUCUCUGAAGAAGUUAUAAACUUAAAUGGCAUUCCAACAGACAAAAUGCACACAUGACCACUGGUAUUCAACAUCUAACCUCCAUCACAUACAUCGUGAUCCAAAAGUCUAAGACCACACUGAAUAUCUGGGAUUUUUUUUACAUUUAAAAUUGGAGUAAUAAACAGAAAUAUUCAAAACAAACAAAGUAAGUGUUCAAUAUCUUGAAUAUUUAACAUUAACAUUUAAAUAAUAUCCCUAUUUAAAUGUAAGCCAAUUUGUGAUAUUGACCAUGUUAUCUGCUUUGUACAAAAGCUCAGAUUUUCCUCAUGCAUAAUCUCUUCUGUUGAACCAUGUGUUCAGACGACACUCUGAUGGAUUUUAUCUAAAAUGGAUCAUAAGGUUUUGCACAAACUUGUAGAGUCCAUGCCAGCCUGAGUGCCCAAUGUCAUUAAAGCAAAAACGGGACAUAACAAAUACUAAGAAACUCUGAAAUUCAUGUCAGUAUUCCAAAGAUUCUGCCCUUCAUUCAAGCUGUUGUCAAUAAUAUAAUUGUAAUCACUGUAUGAAAUUAGAAAAGAAUGCAAAAUAUAAGUAUUUUCACUAGUGGUCUCAGACUAUUGGACCCCACUGUACAUCUGAACCUAGCAAGGCAUUUGUAUAAUGUAAAGAUCACUGAUAAGAAUAAAAGUUGGUACUGUAUAAUGUGUAUUCUGUAAUGUGGUAAAACAUUAGUGGCUUUGAAUGAUUUCAAUAUUAGUCUUGAGAUAGAUGUUGUGGGGAGGUUUGUCAGCAUGUUUAGACAGUUAACUACAUUGUAUAGCUGGACUCAAAUACUGUACUGCCUGUCUAGCCAGCUUUAUCUUUCCUAAUCAGUUGACACAAAAUGCAACCUUCCCUAUGGGAACAUGGACUAGUGACUAUCUGGCCAACUGAAAGGCCGUGACUUUAACCUUUUUUUUUUUUUUUGCACACUCCCUGUUCAAUGAAUAAAAUGUCUGAAAGUC